UCAGAGCAAUUGUUAGACUGGACUAACAAUUGCUUUGAGCUGCUUUUUCUUUGCAAAAAAGUUUCUAAAAAUUUUUAUGCUUGUUCCUCUCAUACUACCACGUUCCUUACACAUUUCCUUUGCUUGUUCCCUUCAGCUUAUGUUGCUGUAAAAAAUCAGUUGGAACACCCAAAAUGUUUUUAUUCUUUCUCUUCUUAGACAAACACACAAGAUCCAAAAAAUAAAAAAAUUUGAGAGGAGGAAGCAAAUUUUCAAAAAACAAACUUUUUUUUACUCUCAACAGUCAGCAUAGCAUAAUUUACACCUCAGUUUCUUUGCAUUUUCUAUUUUUUAAUUUUUGUUGGAUUUUUGUUUUCAAUUUUUGUUUUUUGUAAAUUGCGGAAAUAAAGAAGAGUUUAAUAAAGGCUCUCGGUUUUGUUUCUAACCUAUCAGGGAUGUCCGUAAAUGAAAAAAUGUCCACAGCCGCAGUCCGCAAUUUCAAAAAACCACUCCAAUUUUUGCAAUCUGCAACCGCAAUUGCGGACUGCACUGUUAGAGCUUCUUAAAAGGAGUCUAUGUAUUUUUUAUCUUACGCUCUUUCGAUUUCCGAAUUUUUUGCAUUUUUCAAACUUACUUAAUUCGAAAUGAAUCUGAGGCACAGAGGUUUGAAAAUAGUCACAUCUUUUUUCCUGAUCUUUGUGUACUUUAGGAAUAUUCUGAUCUGCCACCUUAGUUCCUC